GUGCAUUGUGGGAACGGCCGGGAGUCCCGUUUUCAGGAGGAGGAGGAGGGCGAAAAGCGAACCGGUGGACCAGCAAGAAACCAACAGACUAGAGGAGGGGGGAAAAAGACUAAACUGUGAGUGUGUAUGCCUCAGAGCCAUGUCUGUUCGGGAAUCCUUUAACCCAGAAAGUUACGAAUUGGACAAAAGUUUCCGGCUAACCCGAUUCACUGAACUGAAGGGUACAGGCUGCAAGGUGCCGCAAGAUGUCCUGCAGAAAUUGCUGGAAUCCUUACAAGAGAAUCACUUCCAGGAAGAUGAACAGUUUUUGGGAGCAGUUAUGCCAAGGCUAGGUAUAGGAAUGGACACUUGCGUUAUUCCUUUGAGACAUGGUGGUCUUUCCUUGGUUCAGACCACAGAUUACAUUUAUCCUAUUGUGGAUGAUCCAUAUAUGAUGGGCCGGAUAGCCUGUGCCAAUGUUCUAAGUGACCUUUAUGCCAUGGGCGUCACGGAAUGUGACAAUAUGUUGAUGCUCCUUGGAAUUAGUAAUAAAAUGACAGACAGGGAAAGGGACAAAGUGGUGCCCCUAAUUAUACAGGGUUUUAAAGAUGCAGCAGAAGAAGCAGGAACAUCUGUAACUGGUGGCCAAACAGUGUUGAAUCCCUGGAUCGUGUUAGGUGGAGUAGCUACAACAGUCUGUCAGCCCAAUGAGUUUAUCAUGCCUGAUAAUGCAGUACCAGGAGAUGUCCUUGUGUUGACAAAACCCCUGGGAACACAAGUAGCCGUAGCUGUGCAUCAGUGGCUGGAUAUUCCAGAAAAAUGGAACAAAAUUAAGCUUGUGGUCACCCAGGAGGAUGUGGAACUGGCAUAUCAAGAAGCAAUGAUGAACAUGGCAAGGCUCAACCGAACAGCUGCUGGACUUAUGCACACUUUUAAUGCACAUGCAGCCACGGAUAUCACAGGGUUUGGGAUCUUGGGCCACGCGCAGAACCUUGCUAAACAACAGAGGAAUGAAGUGUCCUUUGUUAUCCACAACCUUCCAGUGUUGGCCAAGAUGGCUGCUGUUAGUAAGGCCUGUGGAAACAUGUUUGGCCUUAUGCAUGGAACCUGCCCAGAAACAUCAGGAGGCCUUCUGAUCUGUUUACCACGUGAGCAGGCAGCUCGUUUCUGCGCAGAGAUUAAGUCCCCCAAAUAUGGGGAAGGUCACCAAGCAUGGAUUAUUGGGAUUGUAGAGAAAGGCAAUCGUACAGCCAGAAUUAUAGACAAACCUCGGAUCAUCGAAGUAGCACCACAAGUGGCCACCCAAAAUGUGAAUCCCACGCCUGGUGCCACCUCUUAAUCUAGACAAAAAUAGUUAUUUGGUUUUGUUUUUAAAUAGAAAUAUUCCUUUAUCAUCAUUACAAUUAAAGACUGUAAAAAAAAAAAUCUCAUUGUGUCUACACAUCUGGUGACCUUAGGUCAAUUUGUGAGUGGAUACAAUUAAUAAAAUAAAAUCCAUUGCCUUUUUUUCCUGUUACAUUAACUGAAGAUGCACCUAAUCUUGAGGCAGCUUCUGAGUUGAGAAUUAUAUUGUUAUCCAAUACUGUUGAUUCAUUUUGAAUCUUUAGACACUUAUCUCUUGCCGCAUAGGCUCUUUUUAAAGGUGCUUUCACGUAGCACAGACAUUACCAGUAGUAGUGUCAUUUAGCAGUUUGUGUCUUCAUUACGUGUAUAUUUAUCAUUAUAAGUCUAAUAAUUUUUUGAUGUCUUGAAUGGUAUUCUGGAAAGGCAGAAUGGGUAGAUGAAACAAUGGGUAUACCCAGUAGUAGUAAGAGGGUUGCAUGAUUACUUUCAGUCUUUGAUUUGUAAAGUCUAGUCUUAUGAUCCAAGAGCAUCUCUCCGACCCUAGACUUAGUAGUGCACUCAGUUAAAUAAGGCAAGUGCUUCACUCUGCAUGGAAAGCACUUUGAAGUUGAAGGAGAAAUUUUCAUUUCAUUAUUUGUAGACCUUAUAAUAUUUACUGUAAUAUCAAUAAUUGUUUUCUUUAUAAAAGGGGGGAAAUUGCUAACUUUUUGCAAUAUGAUUGGAUGUGCUAUAGUGCAGCAAGGAAUUGCCGACCAAAAGGGGAUUAAUGUAUAAUAUUCAUUUACAAUUCAGUAUAUAAUUAACUACACAAAUAAUUUUUAAAUAUAAUCAAUAAUAAAAAGACUGUUCUGUGGAUGGUAGUGUUUAAUACAUUUUAUAUUUUGUAUAGUGGUUACAGACCUUUGUUUUCUUAAAAAUCAGCAGCUGUUUAGCAUAAUUCCUAGCGUUAUUUUGUCCUUCUCUCCAUUACUUUUUGUGCACGCUUUUUGUGAUCUGUGUUAAAAUCUACAUUGCCAACAUUGCAGCUUGAACUUAAAACUUGUUAUUCAAAUAAAUAUUUAAUUUUUUUUUAUUGCUCUUGUAUAAGCAGAUGCCCUUUUUAGUUUUGUUUUGGAGGGAGUUGGGAGGGUUUUGU